GACAUAAGCUGUGCUGUAGGGAGAGAGGGAGAGAGAGAGGGAGACAGAGAGAGAGAGAGAGAGAGAGAGAGAGGAAGGGGGGAUUUAUUCUGUGCCAAUUUCCAGUGACAGAGAGAGGAGCGCUAGGGAAGUGAUAUUUCAGGGAUCUUAAGAGAUCCAUAAACGUGUGACUCAUAGAGAGAAGAAGAAGAAGAAGAAAAAAACAUUCUGACACAUUGAAGCAUUUGCAAAGGAAGACUGAGCAAAUUAAGAAAGGAAGAAAUGUUGAUAUGUGGUCGGUGCUUCAGUUGCGUGAGCCACCGCACUGGAAGUCGUGAGACCACCACCUGUGGCCAGGAUGUGAGAUCAAUGUGACAACAAAGGCUGUCAUCGAUCUACAGCCAUUGUGCAGUCCAUGUUCUACCACGAAACUCUACGUUAAAAAAACGUUCUUGGUAUAACAGAGUCCUUGACUCUAAAGGGUACGUUUUUAGUUGUGUCUGAAUCCACUGUAGAAUGCUAUUGACAACAUAAUUACUCUUUAAUCAGAUUAGAUUUGAAUGAAUGAUGACACUGAACCAUCUGGCCUACCUUUUACAGUUUGCACCCACACCUUGAAACUGUUUAUGUCCUAACUUCACACACACUACUGGUCCAAUGAUUCAUCUAACAUCCUCAUAACAAACUCUUUGUCAUCUUGUCUGAAUCGGCUCCUGUGACCUGCAAGGAUUAUGAGGCCAACUUUGGAGUUUCUGCAGUGGCAAUGUCUCCUGUGUGUGUUGGUUGGUGUGUGUGUGCCCGGCAUUGUUGGCUCUCUACCACAUGCACUACCAUGGCACGUCUCCUGCCCGGUGCGGUGUGUGUGUCAGAUCAAACCGUGGUUCUCCCCUGAUUCUGUCUACCAUGAAGCUCCCACAGUGGACUGCAGCGACCUGCUCUUGACCAAACUCCCUUCACCCAUACCCCCAAACACACACACCCUGCGCCUGCAGAGUAACCAUCUGUCUGAGCUCAACACUUCGGUGCUGCACGGACUUGCCACCCUCACCGACCUUGACUUUUCCCAGAAUCGCUUCAGCAGUGUCAGGACAAUAACUCAGAGCGCCUCUCUGCCCUCUCUUCUGUCUCUACAUCUAGAAGAAAACCAUCUCAGUCACCUCCCUGAAGCUUCCUUCUGCUCACUGCCAACUUUGCAGGAACUCUUCCUCAGCCACAACAACUUACACUCGAUAGCACCUGGAGCCUUUAAUGGUCUGGACUCACUACUGCGUCUGCAUAUAAACAACAACAGACUCACUACUGUUGACCCUCGGUGGUUCAGGUCUUUGCCCAGGUUGGAAAUUCUCAUGCUUGGCGGAAACCCUGUGGAGGCCCUGCCUGAGCGUGGCUUCCUGGCCCUGAAAUCCCUCCGGAGUCUUGUGCUUGGUGGUAUGGGUCUGAGAGGCAUAGCUGAAGAAGCACUGGAAGGGGUGGAGUGCUUAGAGAGCCUCUCCUUCUAUGAUAACCAGCUAACAAUGGUCCCCACUCAGGCCCUUAUAAGAGUGCCAGGACUUAAGUUCCUUGACCUCAACAAGAACCGCAUCAAACUCAUUGAGACAGGAGACUUCCGAGACAUGGUCCACCUGAAGGAGCUUGGCCUGAACAACAUGGAGGAACUGGUGUCCAUUGAAAGAGCCGCCAUGGAGAACCUUCCAGAGCUCACAAAACUUGAGAUCACAAACAACCCGCGACUGUCCUACAUUCAUCCACAGGCUUUCAUCCAGCUGACCAGGCUGGAGAGUCUCAUGCUCAACUCCAACUCUCUGAGUGCACUGCAUCAGCACAUUGUUCUCAGCCUGCCGAGUCUCCAGGAGGUCAGCUUACACUCCAACCCACUGCGAUGUGACUGCCUAUUUCACUGGGCCGCUGAGGGGGCCUCUCAAUCUCACAUUGAAGACACUCAAAAAGAAAAGCAAACGCCUCGGAUGGUGCGUUUCAUCCAACCCCAGGCCACGCUGUGCUCUGAACCCCCAGAGCUGAGAGCUCGCAGGGUGAGAGAGGUAUCCUCCAGGGAGAUGUCGACCUCAUGCCUCCCCAUGAUCCCAACCAGCUCUCUCCCUUCCUACGUUGGGGUAAGAGAAGGAGGAAAACUGGUCUUGCACUGCCGAGCUCUUGCGGAUCCACAGCCUGAACUGUACUGGGUGACUCCCUCUGGGCGGAGAGUUGGUCCUGAAUUGAGCCAAGUAUCCAAAGAUAUACCAGCUCCUGCUCCCUGCCACAGCCUGACAGCCUCUGAGGGAUUCAACCACACAUCCGCCUCCAUCAUCUCUCCAAGCCAGCCUCAAGAUGAUACUCCCUGUAACCCCUCCAAACACCACCGGCUACUGCCUGAGGGAACUUUGGAAAUAAACAAGGUCACCCUCAGAGAUGCAGGAUUGUAUACCUGUCUAGCUGAAAAUGCAAUAGGAGCAGAUACGCGCAGUGUUACUGUGGGUGUGCAUGGCAGAGAAAAGAAAAGAAAGUGGGGGAUGGCCGCUAAUAUAAAUGGCUAUCAGUUAUUUAAAGCGGAAGCAAGGUUAGAGGUGAGGGAAGUCGGACAACACCACGCUAUCCUCGAAUGGCAGAGCGGGCGCAACCUCCAUUCAACUCGUCUAUCAUGGAAAGCCAUACUAUCAAACGCACACACGCCUACAUACACCACACGCAUCCUGGCUGGUACUCAGAGCUUCAACCUAACCCACCUGCAGGCAGAGACAUUUUACCGAGUGUGUCUACAUUUGGGGAUCAGUGAGGGCGCCAAGCACGCCAGCAGGAGAUCAAGAGCUAGCAGAAAGCCUCAGUGUGUGUCAUUCAGCACAAAGGAUGUCCCAGAACCACAUCCGAGCUUGCAGCUAAAUCCAGAGCUGGCCUACACAGCAGUCACACUACUGCUCCUCGCACUUAUUCUGCUGCUGCUGGCAGGCCAGGCCUGGGACAAUGAACCUGGCUAGGGGGACACAAAGCACCACAGUACCAUAUCCAGGAAAGUCACAUAGGCUCUGAUCAUCAAUCACACAGAAGGGAGCAACACAUUAGCCAAAGCAGAGCAAUGAACUGCUAUUACACAAUGACUGCUGAGAUAAUUAUGUUUGUGCACAUUCAAAUCACACACAUACACACACACAUACACACACACACACACACACACAUACACAAAAUAUACACAAUAACAGCUAAAAGAGAGGAGUCAUAGAUCGGAGCAGUGGUGUCGAAAGAGAUUUGUAUUUAUUUUAUAUACCAUAUAAAGAAUAUAUUGACCAUAUUAUUGAAAAGAAUGCCUGAACCCUAACCAGGGAAAUAAAAGUGGACAAUCAGACUCCCGCAGCCCAGUGAAUGAACACAGGAGAAACAAAUGAGUCUGAGCUGCAGAUGACCAGCGGACUAAAACUAAAGAGAACCUGAUUUAAUCCAGGGACAUAUAUCUGCAGAGGAGAGCGGCUCAGACCUCCAGGGUAUUUGUCAUGUUUUCUGUGUACAUGUUCAACAGAACGAACCAUUAUUU